AUGGCUUCACCUAAUGGUUUUUCUAAUCACUUAACCUAUUUUCUGGCUGCUUCUGCUGUUGCUUUUGGAAUUGGUUUCUUUGCUUUGGCAUCAGCUUUGUGGUUCCUGAUUUGCAAACGAAGAGAAAUAUUUCAAAAUUCCCAAUUUAAAGAAACCGAUGAGAGAUGCAGCCAAAGACCAUCAGAGGUGGAGAGUAAAGCUCAUUCUCAGUGUGUUUUUAUUUCUCGAAAUUUUCAUACUGGAAUAUUCCAAUUACAGGAGGAGCAAAGAAAAAAGGAAACAGCACAUUUAAAAGCAAGUGAAGAUCACUUUAAAGAUGAAUACUGCCUUGCAACAAAAAAGGUCACUUAUGACCCUACAGAGGCCAGCUCAACAGCAAAGAGCAGCAAUACAUCCUUAAACUCAUCGACGUUACCAUCUGAUUCUUAUUACAGCGAAACUAUAGAAGCAACUGAUGACUGGUAUUCUGAUGAUUCUCUAGUGAAAAGGAGCUAAGCAAUAUCUUUUCUCAAGGAACCUCUAACAGAAAAAGGAUUUCCAUACCCGUCAACCACUCCAUUAGAAGAAUGUACUGAAUAUGACACUUUAUGAUGAUAAAAAAUAUGACAGCAUUAAGGAAAUAUUUUCAGGAAGAAAUACGGAGGUUGAAAUAUAAAACCAACAUAAUAUUGAAUGACUUUCCUUUUGGAACUUUGUAUACACUAAAAUCAGUAGAGUUAAAACUGAAUCACUAGCUUCUGAGUCUCUUAACAUGUCCAUGCUAAUAUUGCUUUUCUUUUCUUUUUUCUUUUUUUUUUCCCAUAGAGUGGUCUUAUUUCCUUUGCUGAUUCUUAUUCCUAAGAACAAAAUUAUAGGAAGAACAACAGUGAUAUCAUGAAUAUUAAGCUUAACUCCUUGUAUCUCAUCAAAGGACAUAAUAAAUAGUACAAAAUAAUGCAAGUGUAUUUCAUAAUACAGAAGGAAUACUUUAAGAAAUCUUCAGGUCAGAUAUUUUUUAAUUUUUUAGAGAGAGAAAGGGUGAAGGACAGAGAGAGAGAGAGAGAGAGAAAUAUCAACCAUCUACCUUCUACAUGUCUCCCACCAGGGACUGAGCUUCUACAUGGACAUGUGCCCUGACCCAGCAUAGAACUAGCAAGCUUCGGUGCCCAGGAUGAAGCCCAACCAACUGACCCCCAUUGC